AUGUCUGACUUGGUUUACCAGUGGCUCGAGUCAGCAAAUCUGCAACAGUAUUACCCUGCUUUUGAACAGCAAGGUAUUACCCCUCAGCGCUUUAUCACUAUUACAAUUCAGGACUAUGGAGCACUUGGCAUACAAGCGCUGCCAGAUAAGCAGAAGUUGUUUCGUCUUAUCACCACCCUGAAAUCGCGCGAGAAUAUCCUCGAGCAGCAGCCAUCGGCUCCAAAUACAGGAGCAACACCCCAAUCCGUUCCCUCCUCUCAUGUUUCACCCCAUGUUGCUCAAGGAGAUAGGUUUGUCGGAGACAAGCAAAAACAGAAUGAUAUCCAGCAAGCCCAGGACAUGUCACUUUAUGAAUCGUAUGACGGUGGUUAUGAGCCACCAUAUGUCUCUGCCCAAGGCUCGGGACCAGCAAAUGGCGACGACUACGUUAUACCAACCAUCCCCUAUCAUCCAAAUGCCCCCAACCCACCUAAUCCCCGGGGCAUCCCGACUGUUAACAGGACGGUUGUACCCCCCGUCGACCUCUUCCUCAACCAAAUCCAAUCCCGCAUCCGCGUGGUAAUUAGAAAAAGGCCUAUCAAUCCCAAGGAGCUUAGCCAGAACCAGCGGGAUGUCGUUACUGCAGAUGGCUGGAACCAGGUUUCCAUUCACGAGCCGAAGGUCAAGGUUGAUUUAACCAAGUACACAGAUCUGCACACCUUUAAAUUCGAUCACGUCUUCAAUGAACAAUCAGACAAUCAGGAGAUUUACCAAUACGCUGCAAAGCCUCUUAUUCGUAGUGUGUUCGAGGGCAAAAACUGCACUGUCUUUGCGUAUGGACAAACUGGCUCGGGGAAAUCUUUCACUAUGAUGCAUAAGGACAACGGUAUCUAUGUCUUGGCCUGCUUCGAUAUUUUGGAGUAUCUGCGAGUGUAUAACGGCAGCCAAGGGAAUAACAGCAAGUUUCUGGUGCCUGUUGUGAGCUUCUUUGAGAUAUAUGGCGGAAAGUUAUUCGAUCUUUUAAACAAUCGGCAGCGCCUACAGGCUCUUGAAGAUGGAAAGGGGAACGUACAAAUUACGGGCCUUACGGAGAAGCAGAUUUCUUCAGUUGACGCUAUGCUGAACUUGAUAGAUUCUGGAUUGACUCUUCGUGCUGUUGGAGCCACCGGGGCAAAUGCAGAUUCGUCUAGAUCUCACGCCAUACUACAGAUUGCACUCAAGUACACUAAGUCUGGUAAAGAGUACAGUAGAAUUAGCUUCAUUGAUCUAGCUGGUUCUGAAAGAGCAUCAGACGUUCAAAACAGUGACAGGCAGACACGCAUGGAAGGUGCAGAGAUCAAUAAGAGUUUAUUGGCACUAAAGGAGUGCAUCCGUGCCAUGGACAAAUCGAAUGAUAGUAAGUCUGGCGCACAUAUUCCGUUCAGGGGCUCCAAGCUCACGAUGGUCCUACGUGACUCCUUCAUUGGUAACUCUCAGACAGUGAUGAUUGCCAAUAUCAGUCCUAACGACAAAUCUUGUGAUAACACCCUCAAUACUCUGCGCUAUGCCGACAGAGUCAAAGAGCUCCAGCAUGGGAAGGGAGGUAUCAUUAAGUUCAAUGUUCUAAAGAUGGGGCAAAAUGCCGCAGACGUUAUUCUCGGCACCGCUAGAGACGAUGAGAAUGACGUCUACAAAGCGGGGAUUGUAGGCGUGAAUGCAGCUCCUUCGCAGCAGGCAAGAGUGCCACCUGCUUCUCAGGCCCCGAUAACUGCACGUCAGAUCCAGCAAAAUCUUCCUCAACCACACUACAAUCCAAACUAUAACCCACCAAAUAGCAAGCCAGCCUUUGAACCACGUGUUGAAACGACAGAUGAGGACGACAUGGUCAGAACACACUGCGAUCUUGUAGACUCUAUCUACGAGCAGGAGGAUCUUAUCGUCAGAGCCCACCGCCGCCAAGUUGAUUCAAUGAUGCAGUUGGUGAAGGAAGAGGUUGCCCUACUUCAUGCAAUUGAGAACGACCAAGUCUCCAUAGAUGACUGGCUAGUGAAGCUUUCAGACAUUUUAUCUAGAAAAGAAGAGGCUAUAACAACGCUUAAAGGGAAUCUAUCUGCGUUCAAGCAGGCCCUGCAGAAAGAGGAAGAGCUCAGCCAUUCCAUAGACCUCAAUAAGGCCAGGAAGAAAUAG